AUGGACAGCUCUUCUGAUGCUCACAGCCGGAACAAGUGUGCGGCGUGCUACCGGGAGUUCAACCGGAUGGAGCACCUGGUGGAGCACAUGCGUCUCUCGCACCAUUCGGCGCACGAGCCACGGUGCGGCGUCUGCGGCAAGCACUGCCGCUCCCUCGACGCCCUCCGCGACCACCUCGGAUUCGGCAGCGUCCUCCCCAAGGCCGGCUGCGCGAGUGUCUUCACCGCCCGCGGCUGCCAGCUCUGCCUCGCCGUCUUCCCUGCCUCUGGCGCCCUCCGUGCCCACCGCGCCGCCUGCCAGCUCUCCAGCGCUCCGACGCAAAGCCAGCUCACCCGAAGCAUGUCAAGAAUGAGCAUCCAGGGAGGCGGCCAUGGAGGUGCGGUGGCGCUGGGGUGCAAGAUGGUGGGCGGCGGCAGCGACGGCACGUUGGACGUGUGCGCGCGCGUGUGCCUCAUCGACGAGCACGAGAACAUCCUCUACGAGUCCUUCGUGAAGCCGCUCAUACCGGUGACGCACUACCGGUACGAGAUGACGGGGAUCCGCCCGGAGCACCUCCGCGACUCUGCGGUGACGGUGAAGCAGGCGAGGAAGCGGGUGGAGGACUUCCUCCUCAACGGCGAGGAUCCGUGGAAGAUCCGCACGGCACGCGGCGGCGCGAGAAUCCUGGUUGGCCACGGGCUGGACCAUGAUCUCAACGGGCUGGGCAUGGACUACCCGGCGUACCUGAAGCGGGACACGGCGACCUACCCGCCGCUGAUGAAGACGAGCAGCAGGCUGAUGAGCAACUCGCUCAAGUUCCUGACGAAGAGCUGCCUCGGGUACGAGAUACAGAACGGUGGGCACCAGCACCCUUACGACGACUGCGUGGCGGCGAUGCGGCUGUACAAGAGGAUGCGCGCGCUAAGGCAUGGCCUCAAGGGGGAGGUGAAGGGCUGCACGGGGCCGCCGCCGGCGAGCGUGGCGGAGGCGUUCCCAGCGUGGAGGCAGCGGGAGCUGGAGCGCAUGUCGCCGGAGGAGCUGCUGAGGAUGUCCAAGCCCGACUACGCUGCUGGUGCUUGGACGACGUCUAGUCGUGGUGGACUGGUCCGUGCUGAUUGUUGA